AUGAAGUGGUUGAUUCUCGCUCUUGCGCUUGUCGCGCCCUCCCAAGCUGGCCUCCGAUUCGGAUGUUCGACUCUUAGUAUCCAGCGUAUCGAUCCGCUGGUCGAGCCUGGCAGUGUCCCGUCGGCACACGUCCAUCAGAUCGUCGGCGGAAAUGCCUUUAAUGUCACUAUGACAGGUGAUAUCGGUACCAAAGGUAGUUGCACAACAUGCUUCUUCUCCGAGGACUUUUCCAACUACUGGACUGCCGUACUAUACUUUAAGGCUCGCAACGGAACAUAUAAACGUGUGCCUAUCUACGACAAUGCUCAGCUAGAGGGCGACGUUUCUGGUGGAAUGACUGUCUAUUAUACGCAGGUGGAUUUCAAUACAAAUGGCAAGGACAAGAUCACCGCUUUCAAGCCUGGUUUCCGCAUGACUGUUGGCAGCCCAACAAUUAAUUCGAAGAACAAGGCGGUGGCAGGUCUCCGCUAUACUUGCCUGCAAACAAAAUUGACUAGAUUCCCCGAGACUGUUGAGUUCCCAACACAGCCGUGCCCAGCUGGUAUUAUGGCCGAACACCACUUCCCAGCAUGCUGGGACGGCAAGAACCUUGACAGCCCUAACCACCAAGAUCACAUGUAUGAUACCGCAAAAGACAGUGGUUUUGCCCCUGCCGGUCCUUGCCCAGCCUCGCAUCCCAUUCGCAUGCCCCAGCUCGCCUAUGAGACGCUGUGGGAUACGAGACAGUUCAAUGACAAGUCCUUGUGGCCCACGGACGGUUCGCAACCAUUCGUUUGGAGCACUGGCGACGGUGAGGGCUACUCUACUCAUGCUGAUUACGUCUUUGGCUGGAAGGGAGACUCGCUCCAGAAAGCUAUGGACUCCACCUGCAUGUUCGACGCGUGCGGGAAUGGCAAGCCGCUCCAGUCGCAAUCUGUUGCUCAGAUGAACGCUUGUUCCGUUAAGAGCAGCGUCAACGAGCCGAUCGAAGGAUGGCUCGAUGCUCUUCCCGGCAAACAGUCCAUGCAUAAGCAGAAGCGCGAAUUCAACGCAUAA